GCAGGAGAAGCACAGCUGUGUCUGGCUGCAGGGCCAAGAGCGCUGUCAAGAAAGAGAGCCACGCCCCCUCCACUAGCCACCCAACCGCCACAAGUCAGCAGCAGCAGCAGCAGCGGCGGCAGCAGCAGCAGCAGGACAAACCGCCAAUCACAAGGCACCUUCGAGAACUUCAGGAUGCAGAUGUCUCCAGCCCUCGCCUGCCUCACCCUGGGCCUGGCCCUCGUCUUUGGUGAAGGGUCUGCCCUGUACCAACUCGAGUCCCAGGCGGCCCACCUGGCCACAGACUUUGGGGUGAAGGUGUUUCAGAAGGUGGCACAGGACUCCAAGGAUCGCAAUGUGAUUUUCUCACCCUAUGGGGUGGCCUCGGUGCUGGCCAUGAUGCAGCUGCCAACAGGAGGAAAAACCCGGCAGCAGAUCCAAUCGGCAAUGGGAUUCGACAUUGAGGAGAAGGGGGUGGCCCCUGCCCUCCGCCAACUGCGCAAGGAGCUCCUGGGGCCCUGGAACAAGGAUGAGAUCAGUACCACCGACGCCAUCUUUGUCCAGCGGGAUCUGAAGCUCGUCAAGGGCUUCAUGUCCCACUUCUUCAGGCUGUUCCGGACCACGGUCAAGCAGGUGGACUACUCAGAGGGGGACAGAGCCAGAGUCAUCAUCAAUGACUGGGUGAAGACACACACGAAAGGUAUGAUCAGCAACUUACUUGGGGAAGGGACCGUGGACCAGCUGACGCGCCUGGCGCUGGUGAACGCCCUCUACUUCAACGGCCACUGGAAGACGCCCUUCCCCACCAAGGGCACCCACCAGCGCCUCUUCCACAAGUCCGACGGCAGCACCGUGUCUGUGCCCAUGAUGACUCAGAUGAACAAGUUCAACUACACGGAGUUCAGCACCCCUGACGGCCAUUACUACGACAUCCUGGAGUUGCCCUACCAUGGGGACACCCUCAGCAUGUUCAUUGCUGCUCCCUAUGAGAAAGAGGUGCCCCUCUCUGCCCUCAUCAACAUCCUGGAUGCCCAGCUCAUCAGCCAGUGGAAAGGCAACAUGACCAGACUGCCCCGCCUCCUGGUUCUGCCCAAGUUCUCCCUGGAGAGUGAAGUUGACCUCAGGAGGCCCUUGGAGAACUUGGGGAUGACCGACAUGUUCAGCCCGGGCCAGGCAGACUUCUCAAGUCUUUCAGUGCAAGAGCCUCUGCACGUCUCGCAGGCACUGCAGAAAGUGAAGAUUGAGGUGAACGAGAGUGGCACGGUAGCAUCCUCCUCCACAGCCAUUGUAGUCUCAGCCCGGAUGGCCCCCCUGGAGAUCAUCAUGGACAGACCCUUCCUCUUUGUGGUUCGGCACAACCCCACAGGAGCAGUCCUUUUCAUGGGCCAAGUGAUGGAACCCUGACCGUGGGCAAAGAAGCCUUCCUCUGGAACAACACUGGAAAUGUAUCAGAAAAGAAGAAAGUAGGAAGAAAAGAAUUUUAGUUUUACUGACUCUUUCUGGAGAAAUAGAAGACAUUUGCCAUUUUGGAAAAUGGUAAA